UUUCUUCUUCCUUUACUUGCCCAUUCAUCAUCUUUCCUCUGUCUCUCUCUCUCAAAAGAAAAGCAGAAAACUUUAUUGCAAAACAGAGUUUUUUUUUUUCUUGAGAAAAUUCAACAAAAGAUGAUUUUGGAGAAAGACGAUCUGGGUCUAAGCUUAGGCUUGAAUUUUCCAAAGAAACAAAUCAAUCUCGAAACAAAUCCCUCUGUUUCUGUUACUCCUUCUUCUUCUUCCUUUGGAUUACUCCGAAGAUCUUCACGGAACGAGAGUUUUACUUCUUCAGUUCCAAACUCAGAUUCAUCACAAAAAGAAACAAGAACCUUCAUCCGUGGAAUCGACGUGAACAGACCACCGUCUACAGCGGAAUACGGCGACGAAGACGCCGGAGUAUCUUCACCUAACAGUACAGUCUCAAGCUCUACCGGAAAAAGAAGCGAAAGAGAAGAAGACACAGAUCCACAAGGCUCAAGAGGAAUCAGUGACGAUGAAGAUGGUGAUAACUCCAGGAAAAAGCUUAGACUUUCCAAAGAUCAAUCUGUUAUUCUUGAAGAGACCUUUAAAGAUCACAGUACUCUCAAUCCGAAGCAGAAGCAAGCAUUGGCUAAGCAAUUAGGAUUAAGAGCAAGACAAGUGGAAGUUUGGUUUCAGAACAGACGAGCAAGGACAAAGCUGAAGCAGACGGAGGUUGACUGCGAGUUCUUACGGCGAUGCUGCGAGAAUCUAACGGAAGAGAACCGUCGGCUACAGAAAGAAGUAACGGAGUUAAGAGCACUUAAGCUCUCUCCUCAGUUCUACAUGCACAUGAGCCCACCCACUACUUUGACCAUGUGCCCUUCAUGUGAACACGUGUCUGUCCCACCACCACAACCUCAGGCUGCAACGUCAGCGCACCACCGGUCGUUGCCGGUCAAUGCGUGGUCUCAUGGCUUGACUUUUGACGCUCUUCGUCCAUCCUAGGUCCUAAAGUCUUUUACUUGCAACCAAAGGGCAUUUCGGUCGUUUUAUUAAGUUUCAGGGACCAGAUGUGCAUGUAGUUGUUAACAUAUAUGUAUUUUUUUUUAGAAAGAAAACAGAUUAAUACUCCAUCUGUUCCUAGAUA